AUGAGUAAAGUGAGCGACUUUUAUUUAGCUUGCCGCAAUGGCGAUAUAAAUAAGGUUGAGCAACUUUUGCCCACAUUGAGCUCCGAUGAAAUUAAUCGACUCGAACCAAAUGAUAGCACAGCUCUGCAUGCCGCUUCAUAUUACGGUCACUCACAAAUUAUACUUCGUAUGCUGAAACGAGGCGAUAUUUUAUUUUCUAUUCGCAACAAAUAUGAUAAAACUCCCUAUGAAGAAGCUGGAACGCCUGAAAUCGCGCAGUUGCUAACUCGUCCACCAACUAAUGCUCAAGAUCGUUUUGUUGACAAUGCAUCCGCACCAGUUUGGAUAUUUAGAAGUAACCACGCUAAUUUUAUCGCACAAAUGAAUUACAAUGAGACGAUCACACAAACUCUUGAUCAUACGAUUGACGCUCUUGGCUAUAUUGACGGAAAAGUGAAAAAAGAACAUAUUAAUCUGAUCAAAUAUUUUCUUGAAGAAUUGAAGCGUACGCGUGAUGUCACGUAUUUAUUGCGUCUAUAUACUGCCGAAACCGAUUUUUAUCGACUACUAAACGAAGCAAUUGCCACGAAGCUGAAUGCCAUGAGUCGCGUCAUAGUUGUAGAAUCGCAUUGGGCCAUGUGCUUUGCAGGUGUUGUUUGUCGAGAUACUGCACUCGACCAUCUCAGAUGGGCAGGAGAUGAAACAACAAACGUUACCUAUCGGGGAAUGCAUAUUACAGAAAGCGAUCUGUCUCAGUAUGAAGUAGAUGAAAAGAUCAUGAAUCGAUCAUUUCUUUCGACAUCAAAAGAUCGGAGUAUUGCUGAAGAUUUUCUUAAAAUUCCUACGGCUGGUAACAAGCUUCCCGUUCUUUGCAUUUAUACAAUAAUUGAUAAACGUGCCGCACUCGACGUACAUUCAGUAUCCGAGUUUCCGCAUGAACAAGAAAUUCUCAUUGUUCCUUGGAUGGCUUUCGUAGUAAAACGAAAAGAGAUGAAAAAUCCAAUAGAAAUCCAUCUAGAACAAUUACCUAUGGAAUAA